CUCCAAGUCUGUUCCAGCAAAAGUCCGCGAACCGGAACUCGACCAGUCGCAAAGAUGGGACUUCUCGCUGAGAACAAGACCCGGUCAAAGAUCAACAAGGAUCCUAACAACACCAAAUGGACUCGCGAUACCACCACCUUCGGACAGAAGAUCCUGCGAUCUCAGGGCUGGCAGCCGGGCCAGUUCCUUGGAGCAACGAAUGCGCCACACUCUGAACUCCAUACCGCUGCGAACGCGUCGUACAUCCGGGUUGCGCUCAAGGAUGACAUGAAGGGGUUGGGCUUCAGUAGAGCCAAGGAGGACGAGAUCACCGGGCUCGACGUGUUCCAAGACCUGCUCAGUCGGUUGAAUGGAAAAUCAGAGGGCGCUGUUGAGGAGGAUCGCCAGACGCGACUGGCUGUCAAGGCUAACCACUAUGUCGAACAGCGCUGGGGUCCCAUGCGGUUCGUCCGAGGUGGACUCCUGGUGGGCGACGAGUUGAAGGAAGAGCCCAAGACAGAGGAAGAUUCCGAUGGAUCAUCGAGCGAGGCUGAAGGCGAGGAGGCUGCGGAUGUAGAGAUGAGCCAGGAUUCCGCCCCAAAGGAGUCCAAGAAGGACAAGAAAUCAAAGAAGCGCAAGGCCAGCGACGAUGACGAUGAGGACACCUCCGGCCGAGACUCGGAAUCCAAGAGCAAGAAGAGACGGAAGGAAGAGCGAAAGUUGAAGGAGGCAGACGACGGCACCGAUGAUGCGAAGGCCAGGAAGAAGGAGAAGAAAGAGAAGAAGCGCGCAAAGAAGGCCGCAGCCGAGGGCUCUGAGAACGAAGGCUCGGCCUCAGACGAACGAUCGAAGAAGCGAAAGUCCAAGUCGAAGGACGCCAGCGAGGAGUCAGACGAUGAUCGAGUGAAGUCAAAGAAGUCAAAGAAGGAUAAAAAGGACAAGAAGGACAAGAAAGACAAGAAGAAGCGUAGAAAGGAGGAGGCCGAGGCUUCAGACGAAACACCUGCCGAAUCGGUAGCAGGUACCGGAACCACGACCCCAGGCACCGGAACUUCAACGCCUCGAGGAAGCCGAAACUUUGUGAGGUCACGAUUUAUUGCGCAGAAGAGACAGGCCGUGUUGGAUACCAAGGCGUUGAACCAGGUUCGUAUUUGUGAUGAUCUUCUUUUUCGGACUUGCCAGUACUAACAGUCGACAGAUCUUUAUGGUUAAAGCAUA